CUCCAUCUGCAGGCCAUGGGAAGAACUGCACUUGCGAGGAGGCGGGGGAAAGAGCUGGGUUUCCCCCGCAGCGAAAGCGAAACUAAACUCUUUCUUUCAAAACCCCCGUCUGCACCACCCCAGAAACGUAUCUUCUCCCGCGGACUCCAGAAGGAAGGACCAGCUGUCACGAUGCUCCCUCGGCUCUUUGUGCAGGCUUCUGCCCUGUUCUUGUGUGAUACCGUCUUCCUCUCCUUGCUAAAUGCGUGGUGGCCCUCCCUGGCCCUCCUGGGGGCCCUGGCUGGAUGGGUGGAAGCCGCCCUGCGCCUACUGGUUCUUGGGGGGCUAUGGGGACUUCUCCCCCUGGGCCGGCACUCCCGAGUCCUCCUUGUGACAGUGGCCACCGUGGUCCUCCUGGCCCCCUUCUACCUGGCAUUGGGGCGCUGGUUGGGAGACCCCCCUCUCCUGCUCUCUUCAGCCCCUCGGUCCUGGAUGCUGGUGGGCUAUGUGGUGGGAGGCCUGGCUCUCCUGCUCUGGGAGGUCCUGGGUCAAGGGGCCUCCACGGAGAAGGGCAAGGAAGGGGACAAGGCUGCCUUCUGGAAAGUGGUGAAGCUCUUUCGUCCGGAUGCUCUGUACCUGGCGGGCGCCUUUUUCUUCCUCACCAUGGCGGUAGUGGGUGAAACUUUCAUCCCAUACUACACUGGACGCCUGAUUGACAUCUUGAACACCAAAUAUGACUCAGAUGCUUUCUCCUUGGCCAUCCUCCCCGUGUGCCUGGUGUCCCUUGGCAGUUCCCUGUCUGCUGGCUGCCGUGGAGGACUGUUUACAUUCACUGUCUCUCGGAUGGUUGUCCGGGUGCGCCAUCUCCUCUUCUCUUCCUUGAUGAGGCAGGAUGUGGCUUUCUUCCAGGAGGUGAAAACAGGGGACUUGACCUCCCGCCUCUCCAAGGACACGACCAUGAUGAGCCGCUCUGUACCCCUCAAUGCCAACAUCUUGCUGCGCAGCUUUAUCAAGGUAGUCGGGCUCUACGGGUUCAUGCUCAGUGUCUCCUGGCGUCUGACCGUGCUGUCGCUCAUCGAGACACCGAUUAUGCUGGCGACACAGAAGUUCUAUGACAGACGUCACCAGGCCUUGUUACUGGAGAUCCAGGACUCCAUUGCACGCUCUGGAGAAGUGGUCCGUGAGACAGUCUCUUCCAUUGAGACAGUGCGCAGCUUUGCUACCGAGGAGGAAGAAUCACAGCGCUAUGACGCAGCAUUAAAAGAAACCCAUCGGCUCAAGAACCAGAGAGAUCUGGAGAAAGCCAUCUAUUUGCUCAUCCGACGGUUAUUUGAACUGGGCCUGAAGCUGUUACUCCUUUACUUUGGAUACCAACAGAUCCUUGGUGGCCUUAUAACCAAAGGGAACUUGGUUUCCUUUAUCCUCUACCAGAUGGAAGUGGGGAGUUAUGUGCAGACCCUAAUGUAUAUAUAUGGAGAUGCCCUUAGCAAUGUGGGGGCUGCUAAAAAGGUGUUCGAAUACCUUCGCCGGGAGCCUUCAGUUCGUACAGAGGGGAUGUUGGCUCCAGAGGUCCUCCGAGGGCACGUCUCCUUCAAGAACAUUUCUUUUUCCUAUCCCUCUCGCCCUGACGUCCAAGUUGUAAAGAAUGUCUCUUUUGAUCUUCAUCCCGGGGAGGUGACGGCGCUGGUGGGGCUGAACGGCAGCGGGAAGAGCACCUGCGUGGCCCUCCUGGAACGGUUUUUUGAGCCCCAGUCGGGGGAGAUCUUGUUGGAUGACAUCCCAAUCCAGGAGUAUGAACACAAAUAUCUACACCGGCAGGUGGCACUUGUGGGUCAAGAGCCCAUCCUCUUCUCUGGAUCCAUUCGGGACAAUAUUGCCUAUGGGGUGGAGGACUGCAGCAUGGAGGAAGUGACUGCUGCAGCCGAAGAAGCCAAUGCCUUGGGAUUUAUCCAUGAGCUGGAAGGAGGGUUCGGUGCAGAUGUCGGGGAGAAGGGAGGCCAGUUGUCUGCAGGGCAGAAGCAACGCCUGGCCAUUGCCCGGGCCCUGAUUCGGAAGCCAAAGGUCUUGGUGCUGGACGAAGCCACAAGUGCCCUGGAUGUGGAGAGUGAAGCUGCGAAAGCAGCUGCUGCAGUCGAUGAGGGUCCAUUCUCUUAUUGCUUGGAAAGCAGCUGCUGUUGUCCCCAACUCCUUCUGUAAACAAUCUCUGCUGCUUGCAGCUCUUCUUCAUUCGGAGAUCACUUCUGUUAAGUAUGAUGGGAACAUCAUUUCUUGUGGAUUAUAUACAACAUCCCAUAAAUAUAGCCUUCCUUACAAAGUUAUCACAAAGAGUAUUUUGUGGAUUUUGGUUUACAGUUAUGUUUAAUUGUAGGUAGAGUUUUUUUUUUUAAAAAAAGGUAAGUAUUUGAGUUAGCACUGCUUGAAGGACUGGUAGCCAGUUCAGCACCCUGAGGCGGGUUGCCAUAGAAACGAGGGUGGAGCCAACUGCCGUUCGGUAAGAGAGGGCAGAUUUUGAAAAAAGAGUCAGUCUGUGGUCAGGGAACCACAGGGAAGGCUGGUUCUAAGUUAUUGAAAAUCAGGAAAGUUCAGGUUCUAGCCUGUGUCGUUUUAAAUAGGUCAAGUGACUUAUUUAAAUUAGUAGUAAAUUAGUAGUUUGAGUAACAAAGGGAAGGAAAUCCCAGUAGAAGUCUGUAGUGAUCAGUUAAAAUAAGAAACAUCAGUUGGAAGGAAAAAAGUUACACUGCUUAAAGGAAGAAAUAGUCCUCUUGAGAGUUGUUUCAUUGAAUGUUAUCAUUAUAAAGAAGUGUACCUCUAAGACAGAAGCAACAUUGAAACCGUUAAGCAUAUGUACAUCAAUAAACUUGUUACCGUUUUCUAUCAUUCAAGCCUCUAGUACGUACAUUUUAAGUCAAGCUACGCUCCACUUUAAAAAGGGAAAAACAUCUCCCUUCAUCCUUGGUGGUUACGACGUUGCAGUAUUCAAUGCUGAAGACAUUGCAAGUUGUGAAUGAACACUAAGUAGCCUGGUGACUCUUCUAUCUGUGGUGGAAGAGGAUCUUUGUGUGUUUAAGGAAGCGAGACACAUAAAGCUUGUAAUGCUGAUAAAACAUUUCUUCC